AUGGACUCCCCCGCCAUCCCGGUCCCGCUGGACCCGCGGGAACAACCCAUCCUCGAGCGCUUACUUCGAACUCGUGACGCCCUGUUGCUUCUGAAACAAGAUAAAUCGUCAUACAUCAAGUCUCGCGAUGUUCUUCCACUUUAUGAGGAGGUUAUUGGAGAAGUGGAGAAGCUCAAUGCGGCUCGAAAGCAAUUGGAUCGCCGCUUGAUACACAAUCGAUUGGACUAUGUUCUGGACGACUGCUUUCAAUUGAUUUCUCUGCUGUUCUUAACGGUUGGCAAGAACAAUGAGGCUCCCGCAGUGUACUCACUCGCGACGACCAUUCAGCGACUACUCGACCAUCUCGAAGAAGCCGGUUUCUACAGCUCGAAAGAUCUAAACUCUAUCACCAAGACCCUUGAGACGACAAGGGACACCCUCGAUCGCGGCCGUAACACAUACUCCCCAGCUCUUCUUACUCUUCUUGAGAGUCGCUUGGAACAAUGCCAGGUCUCUUUGGACAAGCUGCAGAAAGGGCUUGCCGUUUUUGCCCCACCCUUGGCCCAGACGCACGAGACACUUGUUUCUAUUCUGCGCUCCACAUCUGCAGCCAACACCCGCUCAAAGUUUUCAUCCACGGAGGUGAAUAGCCUUAGGGAUCAAUUGAAGAAGAUCGAAAAUCAAAUGAAAGAUGGCAACUUUGUGGAUGCUGACGGGAACACCCUUGCCGGCCAAGAUGAGCUCAAAUCUUUGAUGGAACGAUGCUGGCGCUGGACCGAGAUUGUUCUGGAGCGCCAAGGAAAAAUCAAGGAAGGGUUCCAGGACCAGUAUGAGCGACUGCUCGAGAUUCGAAAUCAGCUGGAUCGCUUGUCCGUUACACAGGCCUGGUCAUUACGCGAAACAGAUCUUUUCGGUUAUCAGCGCAAACUUGACCGAAUUGACGAGGCUCGUGUUAACGGCAACUUUGUUGAUGCCGAAGGACAGGCUGCUGACCUCCACGCACAGAGGACUCUUCUGUAUCUCAUUCGACGGAGCUACGCCUACAUCUACGCCCUUUUGAUCUCGUCGGAGCCUGUGUCUGAGGCUUUGCUCCCGGUCUACAAUCAGUUGCAAACUCUCCGUCGCUGCUUGAUUGAGGUUAAGGAGUCUGGUGGCGUAUCAAACUCAAGAGAACUGUACCCAUACAGCAUGAAGCUGAACUCAAUUGACAACAUGCGCGUGGACGGAAAGUUCUACGUAGGCCCUGAUAUUCCCGAAGGACAAGGUAGCGUGAACGCGCUGUUGGCCGAAUGCUACGACUUCGUCUGGGAACUUAGGGCCGCCGUGGCAGAUGACGACAGCCAGUAG